GAAGCAGGCUCCAUGCACCGGGAGCCCAACGUGGGAUUCGAUCCCGGGUCUCCAUCGCUUCUCGGCCUUUUGGCUAAAAUCAAGUGCGAUCCCGGGUCUCCAGGAUCGCGCCCUGGGCCAAAGGCAGGCGCCAAACCGCUGCGCCACCCAGGGAUCCCCUACAUUCAAGUCUUUAAUCCACCUAAAACUGAUUUCUAUUUAGGAUGUAAGAGUCCAAAUUAAUUUUUAUAUGGAUAACUGGCUGUCUAAGCACCAUUUGUUAAAUGUCUUACAUCCACUGGUCUGCAAUGCUGUCAAAAAUCAAGUUUGCAGGAAUGGGUUUAUUUCUUGUUCUUUUAUUAUCACCUUUCAAUCUGGAGGCUAAAGUUAUUUUCACCUUCCUAUAAAAGAAAAACCGAAUCCCACGAGUUAAAGGUUUUCACGAAUUCUGAAUAAAACAGAUCUUAAAAGGUUUUUUGGGGGGAUGUUUUGUUUUCAUUUUUGUAGUGUUUGUUUUUAUUUUCUAGAGAAAUGAAAAGAACGGGACCUGAGUUAUUUUGAGUAGCAAGGCCAAAUACCUCAAAACUGGAAAUGAACUCACUUCACUGAAAGUUUUUUUUAAAAGAUUUUAUUUAUUUAUUCAUGAGACACACACACACAGAGAGGCAGAGACACAGGCAGAGGGAGAAGCAAGGCUCCAUGCAGAGUGUCUGAUGUGGGACUCGAUCCUAGGACCCCAGGAUCAGGCCCUGGGCCAAAGGUGGCGCUAAACCGCUGAGCCACCCCGGAAUCCCUGAAAGUUUUGAUCCUAUAAACUACAUUUGCCUACAGUACAUUUCAGGAAGGCUAGAAAUGCAUUUACUUUUCAAGUAGCCAAAGGGAGGCAUUUCUGGAACACUUUCUUAACGCCUAUAAUUUAACCUUGCAUAUCAUCUAAUUGUUUAAUUCAGGGGCUAUAACAAAUAGUCAUACUCUUUGCAAGAUUAGUGAGAAAGGCCAUUUUCCCAACUGAUAAGAAACUUGCCAGUAAGGCUAUUUCUGACUCAGUCUUUCCUGGAAAGGAAUCCAUAGCGCAAAGAAGAGUCGUUCCUGACUGUCAGCCCCAGCCUUCAGAUCCAGUUCCUUCAAAGCCAGUGGCAAGCACCAGUUACACAGAGAGGCAGAGAAGAAACAGAAGUAGACAUAUCCUUCUGCCCCUUUAUUCUCUUCCUCACUUACUCUUCAUUCUCAUUUAUCCCACACAAGCUCCACACAAGUAUUCAGUAACAUUGAAACGGGAUCAUUUUAUUAUAAUACAAACUAUAUUCUGGCUUUGAGGUAAGUCAGAAGCAGAACUAUAAAUUCAUUGACUCUAUGAAUCUUUAAGAAAAAGUAACUUGGCAUGGGGACCGAAGAUUUCCAGAAAAAGAAAAAAAAAAUCAGUUUCUCCUUUAGGGAAAUACCUGGAAAACGAUUCCCUUUUUAAAAUAUGUCAAUUACUUGCUAUUGCUCCUUAUUUUUUCCCCACUCUUGAAAUGAUUAUCAACUAAUGAUGUAAUUAUUCUGGAGCCUUCACGUGUGCGUUGUAAGAAGGAGUGAGCCGGGAUUUUCUGUGGUGAGGGCACAUGUUCCAUGAUGUCUACUUUUGACAUUUGAUCACCAUGAAACUCACCGACUGAUGCCCAAGCACUGACUUAGACUGUUCAUCAAAUACUCUGGUAGAACGGGGUGUCUCUAGCUGAUUACCCUGUCCAAGAUCAGGGGGUAGUUAAGCCCCAGGAGGCUAAGAGGAUUUAUCAGAUCUAGAGUCCUCAAAGUGAUUAUAUAAGAUUUAUUAGAUCUGGACUUCUGUUUAGAACCACAUAGCAGAGAGACGCUUGACCAAAAUUCAGAGACCUUUAUUACCAAAUGGCCUGUAUAUAGCUCUUUCAGGAAUACAGGAGGUCUCUGGUGGGUCUUUUAAGGAAAUUUUCAUGAAUAAGUUAUGUUUCCACUCCCGUUUGCUCACAUUAAAUCGGCGACUUCCUACGAUGAAUGUGCAAAGACAAACAGGAGUUGCCCCAGAGACAUGGCAAAGACAUACAGAAAUAGAGCUUUCCAGUCAUUUAGAGGUAUGCAGUGCUGUGAAUAAACCAGGCUGAGAAAUCAACUUGUUUUGCAAUGACCCCUGAGUUGAGGCCAAGCACAGCUUUUGAUUAUUCAUGGGGGGGGGGGGGGAGGCCAAGACAUAAACAUAAAAGUUCUGCAACCAUCCACGCACGCACAGUCAGCCCGGUGACUGCGUUAGAUUCUGAUCCCUCUGCCGGUUUACCUGCCAGGGAAAGGGGCACCUGUGCGCGUCCAGAGCUGCCAAAUGCUGUUAAACCAACUAAGAGAAAUCACAGGCAUUCAGGACCCCUCCUUUCUUCAUGAAGCUCUGAAGGCCAGUAAUGGUGACAUCACCCAAGCCGUCAGCCUUCUCACUGAGGAAAGAGUUAAAGAGCCCAGUCAGGACACGGUUGCUACAGAACCAUCUGAAGUAGAGGGGAGUGCUGCCAACAAAGAAGUAUUAGCAAAAGUGAUAGACCUUACUCAUGAUAACAAAGAUGAUCUUCAGGCUGCCAUUGCUUUAAGUCUACUGGAAUCCCCCAAAAUUCAAGCUGAUGGGAGAGAUCUGAACAGGAUGCACGAGGCAGCCUCUGCAGAAACUAAACGCUCCAAGAGAAAACGCUGUGAAGUCUGGGGAGAAAAUCCCAAUCCUAAUGACUGGAGGAGAGUUGAUGGGUGGCCAGUUGGGCUGAAGAAUAUUGGCAAUACGUGUUGGUUUAGUGCUGUUAUACAGUCUCUCUUUCAACUGCCUGAAUUUCGAAGACUUGUUCUCAGCUACAGUCUGCCACAGAAUGUUCUUGAAAACUGUCCAAGUCACACAGAAAAGAGAAAUAUCGUGUUUAUGCAAGAGCUGCAGUACUUGUUUGCUCUGAUGAUGGGAUCAAAUCGCAAAUUUGUAGACCCUUCAGCAGCCCUGGAUCUCUUAAAGGGAGCAUUCCGAUCACCUGAGGAACAGCAGCAAGAUGUGAGUGAAUUCACACACAAGCUCCUGGAUUGGCUAGAGGACGCAUUCCAGCUAGCUGUUAAUGUUCACAGCAAUCCCAGGAACAAAUCUGAAAAUCCAAUGGUGCAGCUAUUCUACGGUACUUUCCUCACUGAAGGGGUUCGUGAAGGAAAGCCCUUUUGUAACAAUGAGACCUUCGGCCAGUAUCCCCUUCAGGUAAAUGGUUAUCGCAACUUAGACGAAUGUUUGGAAGGGGCCAUGGUGGAGGGUGACAUUGAGCUGCUUCCUUCCGAUCAUUCGGUGACGUAUGGACAAGAGCGUUGGUUCACAAAGCUACCUCCAGUGUUGACCUUUGAACUCUCAAGAUUCGAGUUCAAUCAGUCCCUUGGUCAGCCAGAGAAAAUUCACAAUAAGCUGGAGUUUCCUCAGAUCAUUUAUAUGGACAGGUACAUGUACAAGAGCAAAGAGCUUAUUCGAAGUAAGAGAGAGUGUAUUCGAAAGUUGAAGGAGGAAAUAAAAGUUCUGCAGCAAAAACUGGAAAGGUAUGUGAAGUACGGCUCAGGCCCAGCUCGGUUUCCACUCCCAGACAUGCUGAAAUACGUUAUUGAAUUUGCUAGCACAAAACCUGCCUCAGAAAGCCCCACGUGUCAAAGUGAUGCACACAUGACGUUACCACUUUCUUCUGUGCACUGCCCAGUUUCUGACCUGGCAUCCAAGGAAAGUACAAGUAAGGAAAGCUCUUCUCAGGAUGUUGAAGGUACCUUUUCUUCUCCUGAAGAUUCUCUACCCGAGUCUAUUGCAAUGAAUAAGCCACUUACAUCUUCCCGGUCUUCCAUGGAAAUGCCUGCACAGCCAGCUCCUCGAACUGUCACGGAUGAGGAGAUAAACUUUGUUAAAACCUGUCUUCAGAGGUGGAGGAGUGAGAUUGAACAAGAUAUACAAGAUUUAAAGAAUUGUAUUGCGAGCACUACCCGGACUAUUGAGCAGAUGUAUUGUGACCCUCUCCUUCGUCAGGUGCCUUACCGCUUACAUGCUGUUCUCGUUCAUGAAGGGCAAGCAAAUGCUGGACAUUACUGGGCCUAUAUUUAUAAUCAGCCCCGACAAGUCUGGCUCAAGUACAAUGACAUCUCUGUUACUGAAUCUUCCUGGGAAGAACUUGAAAGAGAUUCUUAUGGGGGCCUGAGAAAUGUUAGUGCUUACUGUCUGAUGUACAUUAACGACAAGCUACCACACUUCAACGCAGAGGCAGCCCCAAGUGAACCAGAUCAGAUGUUAGGAGAAGUGGAUGCCCUGUCUGUUGAGCUGAAGCAUUACAUUCAGGAAGAUAACUGGAGGUUUGAGCAGGAAGUCGAAGAGUGGGAAGAAGAGCAGUCUUGCAAAAUCCCACAAAUGGACUCCUCCACCAGCUCAGCAUCACAGGAUUUCUCUCCGUCCCCAGAGCCUUCAGCAGCCUCUUCUCACGGGGUCCGCUGCUUGGCAUCCGAGCACGCAGUGAUCGUGAAGGAGCAGACGGCGCAGGCCAUUGCCAAUACCGCACGUGCCUACGAGAGGAGCGGCGUGGAAGCAGCGCUGAGCGAGCUUCAGGAAGCUGAACCCGAGAAGCCCCCGCCCCCGGAAACAAACCUUGCAGAGCAAUCAGAGCAGCCCCCAAAGGCGAAGGACGCAGAGUCUGCCGCCCAGCCUAAUUCUGAGGCCUCUGAAGUCGAGAUUCCCAGUGUGGGAAGGAUUCUGGUUAGAUCUGAUGCAGAUGGAUAUGAUGAGGAGGUGAUGCUGAGCCCCGCCAUGCAAGGGGUCAUCCUGGCCAUAGCUAAAGCCCGUCAGACCUUUGACCGAGAUGGGUCUGAAGCAGGGCUUAUUAAGGCAUUCCAUGAAGAAUACUCCAGGCUCUACCAGCUUGCCAAAGAGACGCCCACUUCUCACAGCGACCCUCGGCUCCAGCAUGUGCUGGUCUACUUUUUCCAAAAUGAGGCACCCAAGAGAGUUGUAGAACGGACCCUCUUGGAACAGUUUGCAGAUAAAAAUCUUAGCUAUGAUGAAAGAUCGAUCAGCAUCAUGAAGGUGGCUCAAGCUAAACUGAAGGAGAUUGGUCCAGAUGACAUGAAUAUGGAAGAGUACAAGAAGUGGCAUGAAGAUUAUAGUUUGUUUCGGAAAGUGUCUGUGUAUCUCCUAACAGGCCUGGAGCUCUACCAGAAAGGAAAGUACCAAGAGGCACUGUCCUACCUGGUCUAUGCCUACCAGAGCAAUGCUGCUCUGCUGACAAAGGGGCCCCGCCGCGGGGUGAAGGAAUCGGUCAUCGCUCUGUACCGAAGAAAAUGCCUUCUGGAGCUGAAUGCCAAAGCAGCUUCUCUCUUUGAAACAAACGAUGACCACUCUGUAACAGAGGGCAUUAACGUGAUGAAUGAGUUGAUCAUUCCCUGCAUUCACCUUAUCAUUAAUAAUGACAUCUCCAAGGAUGACCUACAUGCCAUUGAGAUCAUGAGAAACCAUUGGUGCUCUUACCUUGGGCAAGAUAUUGCUGAAAAUCUACAACUGUGCUUAGGGGAGUUUCUACCGAGGCUACUAGAUCCUUCUGCAGAAAUCAUUGUCUUGAAGGAGCCUCCAACUAUUCGACCUAAUUCUCCCUAUGACCUUUGUAGCCGAUUUGCAGCUGUCAUGGAGUCAAUUCAGGGGGUUUCAGCUGUGACAGUGAAAUAAGCCCCCACAUGGUCAAGGUCCAGUUUGGUCUACGGCUGCCUGCCUGUUGCACAGAAGUCUGUUGUCACAGUGUUUACCCUGGGGAAGGGAUUAGGUGGGAAAGUAAGAUUCAGAUCCAGACCCAACCAUGCUCUGCGUGUAAAGAAGGAUUGAAAAUAAAAUUGCACUUUUUAGGUACAGAAUCAUAAAAGCAAUUUCACUAAAAAAAGACAAGAGCCAUUGUAUUAAGGUAUUGAAUUAUGUCAGAAGACCUUAAAUGACUCUUGUACCUUCAAAAGUGCCUGGGCUUUUGUAAGACUCUUGCCACUUUUAAAAUUAUCCUUCAGGCAUAAAUAUUUUUGACAGUGAAUAGAAGGGUGAUCCAUCAGAACCUGAACCAGAUGAACAGCUACUAGUUAUUUUAUCAAAUACAGGUGACAUUUAAAAGUUCUUAACUGCAAGAGAUGAGAAAUCUAAACCUUGCCUGUCUCUUGACAGGAGAUGACAGUGAGUUGCUGAUGAACUGCUGCCCUUUUACAUGUGGGUAGAAAUAUAAGGGCAUGUGGCAGCAAGAUGCUGCAAAGUCAAAAGAAAGCUGCCUUUCCUCUCUUCUCUCUCUCUCCCUUAUUUUUAUAUUUUUAAAUAAACCAGAAAACCUCACACUCAGUCCUGAGUAAAGAAAGGAAAGCACUAAGGACCGUAGACAGAACGGCGUCAUGAAGCAUGAUUGAGUCACGAUAGCAUUGUGAGAGUUGUUCACUGUUUCAGUAAAAUCUUGUAGCAUCCAAAAAUCGUCAACAAUAGAUGUCAAAGGCUGCUGCUGGCCCCCACAAAAAAAAAAAAAAAAAAAACAUUUGAAUACCCCUCCCCUUUUUUUGCUUCUAAAAGAUAAGGGAUAUGGGUUUGUAAAAAGAAAAGAAAAAUCUAUAUAUAUAUGUAUAUGUAGAGAGAGAAAUAUCCCCUGUUGACCAUUUUUAAAAGGUUCCAGAUUGGAUACAUGUUUCAACCAAAUUUUAACAUGAAUGAGAGCAUAGUAGGCAGGAAGAACACUUGAUACAACUAUGCAGAUUUUAUAAAUGUGCAAUAAAAGUAUUUGUUGUACCUUU